CCUGGGACGCAGUUUGGGAGAAAACAAGCGGCGGACAGCCUGCUGUUCUCCGGAUAGCGUGGGCCCUUUCCUCGUAAGAAUCUCGGCAAAUGGAUAGAUCGGUCAGCGGAAAUCGGGAGGAAACGAUGCAGGUGCGAUGCAGCUGGAGAGCGUGGCGUGUUGCCGAUACGAAGAUGUCCACGAGAUGUUACUGAACGAACGAUAAUCAUACGAAGCUUGAGCACAGCGGAUAUAAUAGUGUAAAAACUGACGUUCGAUACGACGCGCGACAAGUUCGUUGAACUCUUUGGUGAAUCAAAGCAGUGCUUGCCGCGGCAAGUUGAUUUGAAUGCAUCAUCUCGAGGGGUGAUCACUGCGGAGGAUGAUGCACGUCGAGUGAUCUCGGAAUUGGGAUUCUGCGUUAUACGCACCGAUCUCUGUGAGCGUUGAAUUAUUUCAAGACCUUAAAAGCGACUUUUGUUCCGAAUAUUCGUCUCGAAUAUCUCGAUUUUAACUUCUGAGAAAGUCUGAGGAAGAUCCUCAGACAUCUCUGUGGAUUCGUGUGUUUGUUCAUUGUGUGCCGUAUUGUUCCUUCAGUGCGGCUGAAUGCAACCAGUCGAGGUAGGCCGUGAAAAAGAUGUAUAUUUGAAGAGAGGCGGGGUAUAUUGCGCGACUUUUGUGUAGUGCAGUUAUGCUUGACAGCUUUUAAUCGUCGAUUGCAUGUGGGUCACGAGUUGCGUUUGCCACAGCUAACGAGAUAGAAGAUUUACCGAGCCAAGAGAAAUAGAAAAUGUGGAGCUCGGUUACCGCGGCCGGCACUGAAAAUGGACCAGCACCGCCUUCGAGGAGCAAACAUAGCGCUACCUUACUUGCGGGUCACGUGUAUCUUCUCGGAGGUAGAAAUGGAAAUCUACCGCUCAAAGAUCUCUGGCGAUAUAGCCUUGCGGAGAGCAAGUGGGAGGAACUGCAUCCAGGGGGUGAGAGACCGCCGGCUCUUCAGGAACACAGCGCGGUCGCUUACAAGGAUUGCCUCUAUGUUUUCGGAGGUGAAUUGGGCUUCUCUGCCGGAACGGAAACACCGCUCUGGGUUUAUAAUGUUAAGACGAAUGCAUGGAGAAAAGUGAGAGCUCAACGGGGUUGUGCAGUUCCUAGGGGACGAAGAGGUCACACUGCCUUGGUACAUCGCGGUCAAAUGCUCAUAUACGGCGGUUAUCAAGACUUGCGUGGCAGCUCUUCCGAAUUGUGGGCCUUCCAUUUCGAGACUGAAUCUUGGCACUUGCUCUCGUCGAGCGAGAGCGGACCGGCAGCGAGACACAAGCACUCGGCGGUUUUACACGGUGACGCGAUGUAUAUUUACGGCGGAAUGACGGAUCUUCAAGAAAGGAACGAUUGCUGGCGAUGGGAUGUCAACAGCGCUUCGUGGUCCAUGCUGAAGAACAAACCAGGUCCUGGCCCUCUUCAUGGUCACGCGGCAUGCAGACUGCCAAGUUGCAUGCUGAUCUUUGGCGGUGAGAGUGGCGGUUUGGCGACGAAUGAGCUUUGGAGAUUCCAUUUUGGCACAGAAACCUGGGAGAAAUUGUCAGUGUCGGGACCGAAACCGCAGCCAAGGGCUGAAAGCGUCGCCCUCGCGGUGUCCGAAUUAUUGAUUCGCGGAACAAACGUGGACAAUUCAAAACCGAGGCUGAGGAAUCAAAGGCCUAGGCUUUCGAGCAAUAGGAUGUCGCCGAACGAAAUACCCUCCGCCCGACCCAGCUUUCUCAAGGAGAUCUCAAAAUUGUCGCAAAUAAAUCUAUCGCGGCUUAGUCAUCCGACGAAAUGUAGUUACACGGUUCUCAGCGGACACGACGAUAAUGAAGAGAGCCCCCAAGAGGCAAACACAUAUUAUCCUUUUCAGCAAGUGGAUAUCGAAGUCGUGGAACCUUCCACGGGAAUGGUUAAGUCACGCAGUGCCAACACGCUGGCUCGCCGAAGGCAAAAAGUGUCGGAGGGAACAGCGAGGACAGUUGACGUCAGCAAUACUAGUAAUAUUUCUGCUUCUGGUAUGACCAGAGAUCCUAUUUCGGUGCCAAAUUUUCGUGCUUUGACAUUACCAACCCCAGUUCUCACACCUGUAGAGGCCGCAAGAUUAGUUUUUGUAGAUCCGGAUGAGAACAGCGAUAAUGAGGAACGCAAAGAACCGCCUACCUCGAGACUCAUCGAGGUUCAAGAAGAGAGGCGAGAUUUCGCAGCGGUGCAUCAAGCUUGCCAGCCUACACGCGGCGACAGCUACAGUUCGCACCUUUAUGAAGCCGCUCUACAAACGCCGAAGACUCCGACGACGACGAAGAUUCCGACCUCGGCAUCCGUCAGAUUCGCCGAUCUCGAAGAAGGGGAGGAAUCGACGUCUGAUUACGCGAGUAUCGAGGCGAGAAGCCCGGGCGAUCCGCUCGCGGACGACGACUGGCUAUCCGGAAAGAGAUCGAAGUCGCAUAGGCCGAUCGUCGCCUCGUCGACGAUACGGGAGGGCCAGUUUGGUUUCUGUAAUCCAAAUUAUCUUGGCCUGGACGACACGAGGAAUCAUUAUCACCAUCACCAUCACCAUCAUCACCAUCAUCAUCAGCAGCAACAACAGCAGCAACAACAAGAUGGAAAAUACGCCAAGUUGCUCAAUAGUCCGCCCGACAGCGUGUUGGAAGACGAACCUGGCAGAUCGGCUUCGCAAACCUUCGCGGAACUCUUGGAACUUCAGGAGAUCAGAAGGGUGCCGCGGGCGCCACCGAAGAGCCUGCCAUUAAGUUCGCCAUCGAGAAGAGCGGUGAGCGCGUCGAGGGCUGAGAGGCAAAGGGCGAAGGUGGCGGCGGUGGACGCGACUGACGCGAAGACGCCCUCCUAUGGGCCGGCGCCCUUGUAUGUUUUUUUAGUCGGCGGCAAAGAAAAGGGUCAAGUCACGGUGUUCGCCAGACCGGUCUCUCUCUGGAAGCUACAGUUGGCGCCGCAUAUCUUCUAAGGAUGAUUGAUAGUCCGCUUUAGUUGAGUCAUUCGCGCACCGUUAAUGAUAAGAAGAAGCCGGAUGCGAGAGUAGAGAUCUAGGAUGAUUAAGGCAAGCGUUCGGGCAGUUCAAUUUUCGUUGACGUAGCGUUUUACAUGAAGAUUUUUUUUUGACAAUGUAAAAUCGUCGCUUGAUGAGAUCGAUUUUUCGAGAUGUUUAUUCUCAUUAAUUUGAUUAUUAAUAUUACAGUUAAUUUUAUACAUGCGUUCUUCGUUACGAAGCAAAUAUGUUUUUUGUAUAUAAUUGGUUGAGAUUGUUGAUCUUUUCAUUCGUUAAAAAUAAUCCUUGAAAAUACAAGGAAUCGAAGUACCACGUUUGACAUGCCAAAAAAUAGGUUUUUUGGGGGAAAUGACGUAUAUGGGUUAAAACGCAAUUUAGAAAUAAACUUUAUGCAGAAAGUAAAAAAUUAAAUAAAAGAAUACAUACGUGUAAUCGUUUGAUUGAAAAAUAUAAAAAUUCAUUUUUUAUUUAAUAACGCGUCGAUAGAUAGACUAAUACUAGAUAGAUGAUUAUAAAUGUAUCUCUAUAAUCUAGAAAUUAAAUUUACAGGAAAUUAUUUCAUUGCAAUAUUCCUCUUAUACAUUAUGCAUCUCUCAAUUUUUAAUACUAUCAUUUAACGUUUAUUACUGAUUCAUAAUUGUAGAAAACGCAGAUUUUUAUCUUUUUGAUACAAAGAAUAAACAUUUUCUUACGUUUAUUAAUUCGGAAAUAUAAAUGUGUGUGUCAAAUCAAUAUAUUCUUACUGUUCAUGAAGCGUAUAUAUUUCAAAUAAAAUCGUGAAAUAUAAUACUUACGAAUCGUGAGUUCAUAUUGAACUGGCCGAUUCGUGUGUUCUCAGUGUGAGUUUUAUAAAAGGAUAAAUGUUCAAAUACAAGCGCAGAUCAAGUUGACGACCGAUUGUAUCUAUCAUCCUUCAAUCGUCACUGAUGAAAAUGCAAUAUAUUGAUACACUGUCGUGUCGCAAUCUUAUAUUUAUUAUUCAUAAUAAUUAGUCAUAAGACAGUAUCUGUCUUAAAUUUUACAAUACGUAAUUUAUUCGUAUGACAAGAUGUGAAACUUUCCGAUCGUUAAGACUUCGAGUUAUUCAAAAUACAUAAGUCAAAAUCGACUGACCUGAUCUGCGCUGAACUGCCAUCGAAUGCAAAAACUCAAUGUGCGUUAAAAUAUGAAUUAAAAAGUUAGUGUCAAAUUCAUAAGCUUAUAAAAAUAGAAUCGAACAUAUCGAUCAAAAUUUAUGAUCGACUCGUGAUUGUUGCGCUUUAGAGAUUAUUAUCUGACCGAUUCUUCUAUUCUCUGCAGUAAAUAGAUUUUUAUAAAGAAGUUUCAACUCUUUUUCAAAUUUGAAAGCCAAAUCAGUGAACUGUAAACUGUAACUAUUUAGGAAACCGAAUUUACUGUUGAUACAGAUAAUAGCCGAAAAGGCAGAGUUUUUAAUCUCGAAAUUAAAUAUUAAAUAUUAUAUAUAUCGUCCGAAAAUUAAUAGAUGAUCUCCAUCAAAUAUGAAAAAAUUAAUUCUUUCAAAAAUGGCAAUAAUUUUUUCAAGUCCGUUUUAGAGCAUUUGUAAUUUGCGACAAAAAUCAAGAUAAAGUUCUAUUUAUAAUAUUAUGUGUCGUAUAUUAUAUCCCCUUUAUGUAUAUAAAAUUAUAAAUAGAAUUCUGUCCCGAAUUUUGUCGGGAAUCGUGAAAAAAGCUUUACACAAAGUGAUGGCUCCAAAAUAUUUGACAAAAUUUUUCGGUACAAGAUCUGGUAAUAUCAUAGAUAUAAAAAAUAAAAUUUUAACUUUUGAGAUUAUAGAAACUAAAUAUUCUUAUUUAUUUUAUAUUACAAAUGUAUUGAUAUGGCGAAGCACAAAUGAUUUUUUUCAAAGAUAACACUUUUAUUAGAUGGAGAAAUUUAAUUUAAGAAUCAUUGAUAUAACAGAGAACGAUUGUGUUCCAAAAGAGAGUCAGUGUGUUAACGUCAACGGUUUCGCACCAAAUCGCGAAUCGAUGAAAUCGAAAGUCUUUACCGUGAUUGUAUAUCUAUGAUCGUAGUAGUUAGUCUCAGUAAGCAUAAUGUAUAAUAUAAGUAGAGCAGAUAUAUACGAGAGAUGGCGAAGUAUGAUGAUGAGGACUCUCUUGUUCGUGUAGAGUUUUUAUGUCCGUAAAGGCCCAGCACACAUAUAAUCCAUCCAUAAGUAGCUAAGGUCGACGUGGCUUCUCAAUGGGCUAGAUACUGAGAGAUGCUUUUAUCAUUGAUCUUCGAUGUGAUUUAAUAAUUUUUCUCUCUCACAUUUUGUACAAUAUUUAUUUUAAUUAUUUCUUUAUUUUAUAAAACAAUACGACGAUUUAAUUAUUGUUGGGCAAGUGCAAUAUUAGAAUUAUUUAUAAAAGUGAAUGCGCUUAGAUAAAGAUUUAUUACAAACACAUCUCUCAACUGCUCAUCGCAAAGCGACAGUUAUAUCGAAAACAUGAAAAUAUGCAGUCACUACUGAAUAACGAAAGUUUGGUGCGAGGAAUGGAUUGCUCAAAGACAAGUUUGACGUAUCGUUUAUUUAGGAAAGAUUCUCCCGAUAUCUAGUCUCGGGCCUCGAAAUACCCGAAGAAUCAAUGUUUUCCAUUCCGUAGAGCUAGUCAAUUACAUCUCAGUGUACAAAAACUUAAGCUAAAUGUUUCGUACUACUUCUUCACUUUUAUUCGCAUUUACUUUCGUAUAGACAUUUUACCUCCGUCGACGUCUUAUUUUCUACGAUUCAGCCAGUUAUUCACGCAUUGUCGCAAAGUAAAAGAAGCUGCGAAUUUAUUCCACAUUCACUUCCAUUCGGACGCGUAAAACAACGAUUUCGUCUUGCACAUUCCUUCCUAUGACCAUCCGGUUUCACUUAACGACGAUUACACAUACGAUGCGCUGAUUUUGCAAAGAGACGAACAGUAAAACUUUACUACACCGUGUAAAAAUCAUUCAAGAAGUGGAAAUAGAUGAAGUUAGCGUACUCUUUCUACAAGCUUAAACGUCCGUUGGCAUCAUUUAUGUGCCGCCAUACAAACUAUCGAUUGAAAGGCAAACCCUUCCUAUAUAGUUCCAUAUCACAGAGCGCAAUAUUUUUUCAAAGACCAAACUUUCGAAUAGAGAGAGAGAGAGAGAGAGAGAGAGAGAGAGAGAUGACUCUUAUUCUUAAUUAUUUAUAUGUUUAAUAUCAAGACAAUAUAUAUACGCGAAUGUAUCAUGGUUGUACAAAGCAUCGGAAAUACAGACAGACGAGUCGUACAGAGAGUGUACUUUUAAAAAGUAUAUCAGAUCAAAAUUAUUGCAAUUUCACGAGGCAGAUGUAAGUACAAAUAUUAGAAAAAACUAGAUAAAUGCAAAUAAUUUUUUCUAUGCAAAAAAAAAAAAAAUUUUUUAAAUUCAAUAUCUGUUGAUAUUUUCGAUGCUUGGCGCAUAUAUGUAAUAUAAGACAAUUCCUUGUAGCUAGUUAGCUACAACAUUAUGCAAGUUUAUUCUCCUAUAAGAUUGAAUAAAUGUGUUUACGUAAUGUAUAUGCGAGCAUAAUUAUAGUAAUGAUACUGUGUUCAUGCAUCCUUUUGAAUUUGAACGUCGAUGCGAAGAUACGUGGCAGUUUCCAGUCUUUUGUUUCUUGUAAUAAUUAAUCUAGUUAAUGUUUAGUUCAACCGCAUUGUAAUUAAUGUAACAGUUAUUAAUGGAACAGUAUUACUAUGAUUAGAAAAUACACUAUAUA